CUCUCCCAUUUCGCCCAGUUCUGAGCAGCAGCGCUCAUCGAGCGGCGCUUUCCCAAGCCGACGCAGUCGGUGGGACUUGCAACUUGGUGUCGGUUACGACUCGCCGCCCGUCCGCGCUCGACUCGUCCAAGUCGCCGUGCAAGUUGUUUUUUGUGUGUUUUUUUUCUCUUGUGCGCCAAUCUGUGAACCAACAGCUGUGUCUUCUUCGAGCAGUGCCGACGAUCCGUCUGCCACCGAACGUCGUCGAGUGUUCGUGUGCGUUAAGAAACAAACAAAAGAGCUGCGUUCACAUAGCAGAGACAGCGGGCGACACGCCGACCGUAAGGAAAACACGAGACACGCCGCUGCCAUGUUGCCCUGAAGUCGCGUCGUCUGCUAUCAGCGUGCUGGUGUGCCGCGCGUCGUCUGCUAGCGCCUCGCGUACGUUCAGGCCGGAAGCCUCGGAGUGCGAGAAUGACGACGCUGGUCAAGGAGACCAACAACAACUCCGCUGGCAAGGUCGCAGUCAACGGCAGCAAGGCCCCCCCGGUCAGCAACGGCGGCAAGAAUGUCGCCGACGCGGCCGGGGACAAGAUGACGCUGGUCAUUCACAAGUACGAGGCCCCGCCUGGCACCGAAAAGCAGCACGUCGUCCAGACCGAAGACCUGGACCGUUACGUGUCCGCCAUGAAGGAGUCCGGAGGAUUCAAGGAGCAGCUCGCGACACUAAAGACGGGUCAGCUCAAGCCAUGGACGGUAGCCCAAAAACCCGAAAACAAGAUCAAGAACCGCUACGCCGAUUUGCUUCCUUACGACGACACUCGGGUCAUCCUUCACGCGCUCAAGAACGAUCCGUCAUCGGACUACAUCAACGCCAACUACAUUAGCGGUUACAACAAGCCCAAGGCUUACAUUUGCACUCAAGGCCCCGUAGAAAAAACGGUCGCCGACUUUUGGAGACUCGUCUGGCAAGAAGAAAUUUGCAAGUUCAUCAUGGCCGCUAACCUGAUCGAAGAAGGAAAGCGCAAAGUCGAGCGGUACUGGCCGGAGACGUGCAGCAAGUACGGCGACAUCAUGGUCACCCUCGUCUCCGAAGAGGUCUUCGUCGACUACACCAUCCGCACCUUCAAGGUCCACAAGUCCGGUGCAGCCAGCAAGCGGGUGGUGAAACAGUACCACUUCACGGCGUGGCCCGACCACGGAGUUCCGGCACAUCCGCUCUCGCUCAUCGAGAUGGUCGAGCUGGCCAAGGCCCACGCCCCUUCCAGCCGGGCACCGCUGCUGCUACACUGCAGCGCCGGCGUGGGACGCACGGGAACCAUCGUGCUUCUGGAGUCGGCUCUCGAGAUGGCAAGAGCGGAGAAACGGGUGGACGUCAUGGGCCUCCUCUAUAAACUUCGCCAGCAGAGAGUCAACCUCGUAGAAACCUUGGAGCAGUACGAGUUCGUUCACGAGGCUCUUUUGGAGCGACUGUUCGGGGAACCAACGCGGCAGCCACAGGACAAGCUGGUCCUCUACUUCAACAGAAUUCGCCAGGAAAAACCGGAUUGCAAGCACAGUGAUCUCGAGCUCCAGUACGAGAGGCUGAAGAAGUUAUCCCCGACUCUACCACAAGAGAAAUGCAAGUUUGCUCUCACGAACGAGAACAGGCUGAAAAACAGGUCCAUGGAAAUCCUUCCCGAUGACGAAGGGAGACCUAUCCUGGGAGCGGGGGCUUCUUCGGUCUACAUCAACGCAGUCUACACAAGCGGCUUCGCCAACCGCAAGACGUACAUCGCGACCCAGUACCCUCUCAUCAUCACCGUGGAAGACUUCUGGCAGCUGGUGUAUGACUCCGGGUCGCAGACCAUCGUCUUGCUCAACGACAUUGACCCGAAGGACGAGUCACUUCCCUUAUUCUGGCCCCAAACUGGAAGCAUGCACCAUCGUCAUUUACGCAUCGAUCACGUCUCGACUGACGUGGCCACGGGGGGAGUUCUCCUGCGCAAGUUCAAGCUCAAGAACACCGCCAAGUCUCCCAAGUCCCGCAUCGUGAAGCAGUUCCACCUGCAAGGUUGGCACAAGGGCGAUGUGGCGCCCCCGUCCGUCGACCUUCUCCUCCGGCUCUUGGCCAAGGUGGAACGCUGGCAGAGGAAGUGCCCCGGAAACCCCACCAUCGUCUCGUGCUUCAACGGAGCCACCGCCAGCGGCCUAUUCUGCGCUGCCUCCUUCUUGUCCGAUCAACUGAAGACAGAGCGACAGGCGGAUGUGCUCAUGGCGGCCAGAACUGUCCGCCAGCACAGACCCACCUUCAUUCCCAAUGCAACUCAGUACCGGUGGCUCUACGAAGUCGCCGUCGCCCUCGCCAGCUCCAAGCAGUCCAAGUCCCGCUGAGAAACGUCCCACCUCAAAAACGAAUCAUCCACCGUGUCUUGCCUCUUCAUGGGCCACAAGGAAGAACCUGCUAACAUCCGCGUCUCGGGCCCUGCAUCGGGUGUUUCCGUACAAGAACCCCGCGAUGAAACAAUAAGUCACCUAAAAAAAACAAAAAAAAAAAAAAAAAAAACGAUGCGCAGACAGGCCAGUUGUGCCAUGAGUGAAAAUCAUGGUGCACCGCUGCAAGCACCCCACAGAAGUCCAGAAAGAACAUCCUUGACGCACGUACAUCGACAGUUCGAAACCCCGUGCACUUUUACCUCUCAUUGGUCCAACUGGCCAUUCUCCGAAAAUGUUUUAGUCCGCAUUUACACUCAAUAACGUCGAUGUGGUCAUUGAUAGGCUGAGGACGGUGUGGAGAAGUUUCGGUUGUUCCGCCUUCAACGCGGGCAUCCUUCACUUGAACAACGUUUUGGCAACUCGCACACGUGCACAACCGAAGCACGACGGAAGGUACGGAGCAUGUGCGGGAAGCCGGGCGUUCCAGAGGCACGCUCUGCCGUUCUCAUGCUGUCACUGACCACAGGUACCGUCCAGAAAGUGAAAGGGCACCCACGGCGCGCCAAAUCUCGGAGUUUUUCUUUUUUUUUUUU